AUGGACGCGUCCUACCCCGGUUUCAUAGGAGAUUCUGGGGGAGAUUCUGGUGGAGAUUCUGAAAAUUCUCCUAAAAAUCCAAAGAUAAUAGUUAACAAACCUGUUGGGGACGAAGGAAAUCUUCUGCAACAUGACAAGAAAAGUGAGGAGGAUGAUCAGGAGGCGGAAGAAGAAGAGGGGUUUGAUCCAAAAGAUGUGGCGUUUGAUUUUGAUGAAGAUCCAUCCAGAGUGACCAUUGAUGAAAGGAAAGGUGAAGAAAAUGAACCAGAGGAGGAUCCAGUAUUACAUGGUGAUAAAGAAAAUAACGAUGGGGCUUCAGAGGACCCUUUCGAGGAUUCCAUUGUAGAAGUCGAUGUCCAGCUAGUUGAAGACAAGGGAGAGCCUCUGGAACAAGAACAGAAUAUCAAACAGGAUGAGCAGGAAGUUGGAAUGUCUGUGAUCAGUGAUGAAGAGUUUGGUCCAAAAGAUGUAGGGUUUGACCCUGCUGAAGAUCCAAAAAAAGCAACCACUGAUGAAGUGAGAGAUGAACCAGCUGAACCAGAGGAAGAUCCAUCACAUUUUGGUGAUAAAGGAGACACUGAAGAACCUUGGAAGAGAUUUUUCAAACAUCCCGUUGCACUAAAUAAUAACCAGCCCGUUGAAGACGAAGGAAAUCUGCCAGAGAAAGACGAGGACAGUGAAAAGGAUGAUCAGCUAAAUGAAAAUUCUGUGGUCCAUGGUGAAGAGUUUAGUCCUGAAGAUGCGGGGUUUGAUACUGAUAAAAUCUCAGCUGGCACAAUUGUUGAUGGAAUAACAGAUGAAGGAGGGGAACCUGAGGAUGAUCCAAAAAACUUUGGUAUGGAAUUAGACUACGUUGCUUCUUUAUAA